AAGGAUUUGAUAAAAGGCAAUGAAAUACUGUUUGAGGUGUGAGCCAACUUUGUGGAUGUCUGAUUUGACACUGGGGCACCUAUCCUGUUCGAUGAACUAUGUCAAGACUAGCUAGCGCCAGCCAUGUUGACGUCAGGCACGCUAGCAACAAGCUAGGCUAGCAGCUAACUCUGAGCACUGGAAGCUAGUUAUCUAUAGUUUUCUAGAAAUCUAGCUGUCUGACUAACGGUUAAGCUAUCUCUACUAAUAUCAAGCUGAAACGUAUGUCUUUGUCAAACGGUUGUGAAGUAUGAGUUAUUAGUUAACAUGCGAGUUGGGUAGCUAUGUCUUCGGACUCAAAGUUGAGUCUUGAGGCUCAACGUCUAGUUAUUUUAUAUCAAGUUGAGUCAUCAAAUUUGUUACUCGAGUCCACACCUCUGGGAAAUACUAAUAUUAAAGGUUGAUGGCAGUGGGUAACCAACAAAUAGACUGCAGUCUCCUUGUCCAUAGACUGCUUUCAAGAUCCUCCCUCUCUGAAUGACUCAGGCAGCUAUGUAUGUGUUUGGGCCCCAUGGUUGACUGCCAGGUUUGGGCCCCAUGGUUGACUGCCAGGUUUGGGCCCCAUGGUUGGCUGCUAGGUUUGUAUAGUGUUCUACUCCUCCAACCCCAGCCCUAUAUCCCCCAGUCCUAACCCCUUAGCCCUGUGUCAUUAUUUUGCCUCACUAGCCUGAGCUCCACACACUACUAGCCCCAAACCCUUAACCCUUUGCCUCCAGAUCGCUCUCCUUUCUUUCCUAACACCAGCCACCUCCAGACCCAGUACCAGCCCCAAGCCCCUCUCCCAACCCUGUUCUUCCAGUCCCACCCUCUAUCACCCAGACCCCUACCCCUCUCCCCUGGCCCAGCCCCACAUCCAGCCCCAGUACCAUGCUGGGGAGGAACAUGUCCCAGAAGCUGAGCGUGCUGCUGAUCAUCAUGGGGCUGGCGUGGGGGCUCAUGUUGCUGCUCUACACCGGGCAGCAGCCACACCACCAGAGCAGUGGCGAGCUGCAUCAACAGAUCCUGGAGCUGAGCCGGCGCUAUGUCAAGGUGCUCACCGAGGAGAACCAGAAUGCACCGGGAGGACCGCAGGGCACCUCCAUGGCUGGUUACGCUGAUCUGAAGAGGACCAUAGCGGUGUUGUUGGACGACAUCCUGACGCGCCUGGUCAAGCUGGAGGGGAAGAUUGAGCUGGUGGCCAACACUUCAGUCACUAACUCCUCCCAUCCUGCAGUGGGUGCCCUGGGCUCAGCUCCAGUUGCCUUACACAAAGCCAGCAAACAGGACACGCCAGGCAACCACCGCCUGGAAACCGCUCGCAUCCCUCCACACACAGCCAACAGAGCUCGGCCAGGGGUAUAGUAGGUUGGGUAGCGAUUGAGGCCCUGUUCAAGUACUUUACAAGUACAUCCUUUCUUCAUAAGAUGGUCACUGAUCUAAUAAGGUUGGUAGGGUGGUAACUCUCAUUUCACUUGUCUAUUAAUUUACAGAUCAGUGAUUAUCUCAAGGGAGCAAGGAAAGAUAUAUAUAUAUAUAUAUAUAUAUAUAUAUAUAUAUAUAUAUAUAUAUAUAUAUAUAUAUAUAUAUAUAUAUAUAUUCCAGAUCAUUUAAACCUAACCCUGAGAAAGGACUGACUGCCUGUUCAUUUCCAAUAACUACAUGGCUGAUUUCAAUUUUUUUAUGAAGACAUUUUAGCACCUUUUUUAAUACUUUCAGUCAUGGACUCUCUUAGACUUGAAUUUUAGCUUCCCUUUUUUAAUGGUUUCAUCAUGGAUGGGUCUAGAAACUGCGGAUGUCUUUGAGGAUGUCUGUGGGCAACAACAUAGCAUCAACAAUAGUAGAGGAAAUAGACAAAGGUCUAUACUCUGUAGUGUCUUCAAGAAAGCUGAUGAAGGUGAAUGGCACUCCCACCCGGAUAUGACUUACCUCGGACAUACUGCCUGCCAAUUUGCAAUACUGCUUCUAAUCCCAUCUAUAUCAGAAUGCUGAACUCAAAAAUGUUCUCAUGGUAGUUUGGGAAAUGUUUUGUAGUUUGCAGCAGCUCCUGGUGUGUGUGUGUGUGUAAUCAAAUAAAACAUUUAAAUAAUAAUUUAGCCGUUGUACAGUAGACUUUAAAAGGAUAAAAGUGAUGAUCCAAAGAAUGUUAUUUGCACUCUCCUUGAAAGCUUGAGAAAUGUGCUUUUACUUUGACUGAGUGAUGAUUUUAGAGUAUGUGUAUAACAUGUCGAAUGUAACUGUCGAUAAGCGGAUGAUGACCAAGUGAUUGCUAUUGCUCAAUUCCAACUCCAACUUUCCCCUUCGUCACUCCCCAGACUGUUAGUCCUUGUCGAUUUCCCUUUGCAGAUCAGAAUGGUUAGGACCAGGGGGUUUUCUGACCUGACCAGUAAAAACUCCUAUCCCAAUCAAUGUACAACCUGCUUUUGUCUCAAUUUAGCCCUCUGAGGGAGUUGCUUGCCUAUUGCUUACACAUAUCAGUUCCUUUAGUCUGAGAUCACAUUACACAGUGACUGUUUGGGGAAGCCCUAAAAGAUAGUGGGCUAGCCCAAUCUUUGUGUUUUUUUUACUUAUGGGAGUGCCUUUCUAUGGCACACGCGUACCCCUUUAAUACAAACCAUGGGCUGCCUCCAGAUUCUCCACUGUUUCAGAAGCGUGCACUUGGAACACUCCCUGUCAUGGAUUUAAAAGCAUUGGAUUGGUUUAAGCAAAACCCAAGAUCAGCAUUCAGGGGCAACUUCACACAGCACCCUUGUUUGACAAGACAAUGGCAAGUUGGCCAAAGCAGAAACCCACUGGAGAUCCCAAAUUAUAUUUUUAAUAGAUGGGUUUGUAGUUUAACAAAACUGACACGUGCACAAUAGUUUACAAUGUUUAUUAAAUGCAUAAAUAAAGUUUAACAAUGA